AGAGCGGAACGGAAGUGCGCGGGCCGAAGGGGGAAGGGGUUCGGCGACGGUCUGGUCCCUCUCUGCUUAGUCUCGUGGAGGAAUCUCAGCCGAAUCUGAGUGAAGGAUGGUGUAAGGACUUACUAGACAGAAGUCUGUCGUAGUCUUCACUUUCCUAAUGGAAGAGGCUCCCAAGCCCACUUUCCAGGAUGAAUUGGAAUGGUGCAUCGCUCAGCUGGAGACGGGGCUACUGCAUCUCAACCCUACUCCAAAACAAGCAGAGGAGACACAGCGUGUUCUUAAGGUGCUGCGGUCACAGAAGGCUCCUGUUGUGAAAAAGCGGAAGGUGAUGCAUCAUGUUUUGGGGGAUUAUCGGCUCAAGAUGGAAGAGGAGAUGAAAAGCGCAGCAAAAACAGCCAUGAAACCUGAGAUAUUACUAAUACAACCAGGAGACAAUUUGGGAAGUGUGUUAUAUAGGAAGCAACCCAGCCAGCCCUCUGCAGUAUCAACAUCGUGGUUUACAACAUCAGAUAAUAGUUUUCAGUUUGGCUUUGAUCCUUCUGAAAAUAACUCUGAAGAAAUCAGCGGAACUACACCAGAAGUAUGUGGUGGGGAAAGCAUCCACGAGCAGCCUGUGGAUCACAAUCCCUCCGGCACAUUAGGUUUUUCCACUGGAAGACUCGGUUCUGAAUUUGCUUUCAACUUUGCAAUCCCACCUCAGUCUGUUGCUGCUGAUCCAGACUCAGGGGCUGACACUACAGAGGUAAAAAACCCAACUGCAGAAUCAGUGAUAAUGAUGCAGAAAUCAACCUUUCCUGAACCUGCUAGACCUGACAGAGUAGAUGCAACGGAUAAGGAAGCUAGAAGAGAUGGAAAAUGUCUUGCGCAAGAAGUUCCUGCAUUGGAGGCAUCUCAAGCAGCGCCAGGAGAGACUAAAGCAGAAUUGACAGUGCCAGCUGCUGGGAUGCCCAAGAGAAAAAAGAAAAAGAAACAGGUGCCCUUUGCAGUAGCACAUAGUGACAAAAGUAAUUAUGGUGGCAAAUCCCACGGGAAAGGCAUGUCUGAGCAUCCUGACAAGUCUCAGGCUGAUGAGCAGAUGAAAAGGGAAGUGGAUUGGUGUGUAGAACAACUGGAGCUUGGCUUGAAGACGCAAAAAUCAACUCCCAAGCAGAUGGAUGAGGCCUUCCGAGCAAUGAAGGUCCUACGCAGCGAGAAGGCAGUGCUGGCCAAGAAACGCCAGCUGAUGAAAACUAUGUUCGGGGAUUACAGAGCAAAAAUGGCAGAGGAAAGACAGAAGCAGUUGAAGCUCAUGCAAGCAGCAUCAAAAGCCGCUCAUAUUGCAGAAGUGACUGAAGGUGCCCACAAGAACCAAAGUCAAGUUUUCUGGAAAUCUGCAGAAAGGCUGAGAAGAGAAAAGAACCCCAGAGAAUCAUUGCUUCAUCCUCCAGCCUCCUCUGCUUUUGGUGGCAAUGCUGACACAUCCUCUUUCAGGUUUACGUCUUCACAAGGAGAAUUCUGCUUUAAUUUUUUCUAAGAAAUCAUUGGGACACUUUUAGAUGGAUCUCGUGCGAGUUCUGAAAAGCAAUACCAAAUGCCUUUUUAAAGAAGGAAAACAAACCAAAGACUUUGUUGCCGUGCAGCCUUCAGAAUACAACAGUUGUAAAUAAGGCAAAAACCUCAAUAAAAUGACUUAGGCCCCAUUUGAACUGGAUUAUGUGGUCGGUGUAGACUCAUGCAAUGAAGAUCGAACUGGAUUACAUGAGUCUACACUCCCUUAUAAUCGUGUUCAGUCUGCAUUAUAAAAGCAGUGUAGAUGGGGCCCCAGAAGGACAGAGUGGGAAUAUUAUAGGGCUCACUGUUCUCAUAAUGUAAUGUGUGCUGCUUUUUGCAGCAGAGUUAGGUGCAGUCUUAUAAAAAAUCAACAGGCAAAUUAUUAAAGUGGCAGAGAUCAUUUAGAGUUUGCAGAAAGGAAAACAAGAAGCAGCAAAAGAAUAAUAUACUUUAAAAGAGAUUCGAAGUAUAAAAUGAUGUGGCACGUGCGCAGUUAGAAUAGUUUUGUGUAUUAAUCAUAGACUCCUGCUUUAUAUAGGUAGAACAGGUAUGUAGGCAGCAGUAACUUGGUCUCUUACUCUGCUUUGGAAACAACUUGACAAAUUGGCACAUCUGCCUAUCUAAGAUUGUGAGAAUAGGGUAGGAAGGACAAGGACAUCAGUGCCGGCUGCUUUAAGCUCUGGAUAUGACUGUUAUUUAAAUAAUAGCAGCACAUUCUUUUUUUAAUUCAAGCGCCACCAGCUUGCGAUUACUGGUGUACAACAAGCUGAUGAUGGCACUUUGCUUCACGUGCAAAAUAUUCAGUUUAACAAAAUCCUGAGUCUGUACAGGUGUUUAGAACAGCUGAUGCCAAACUGUUGCCUAAUAAAAACUCCACAAUGUGUGGAAGUAGUGUU